UGUGCAGUACUAAUUUGUCAGGGAAAAAAGGAAAAAUGUGGUUAGAGUCCUGUAAUUGUUAGGACUGAUCCAUUAUAUUCUUCAUAACUAUAAAAUAUUCCAAAUUUCUAAAACUGUUGUGCAGCAAACUUUUGAACUCUUUAUCAAUUCUCUUGAACGUUCUCUUAGAAAAUCUGAAGCUUUUUUGUUUAAUUCAAGGGUUCUCUACUUCAUAACAAUAAAUACUGCAACUUAUUUCUGUUAAUUGAAGAGAAGGUUAUUAUGAAUUGGAUCAUGUCAAAAGUUCUGAAUUCUGGAGCUUGACAGAAAACAUCUGUGAUCAUGACUCAACCAUGUCUUCUGACCUCUGUUAUCAAGUCAUUGGGUACAUAACUAACCCACUUGAUUGUGGAUCCGAGCAUUUGAGUGCGCAGGUUUCAUUGAUCAGGGACCAAGGCCAUGUCCUGGGUGCAUGUCCAAACAGAGGAAAAUCCAGUGUUUGCUCAUCUCCUCCAAGAGAAGCCAAUCCUGUCAGAGACAGAAAAACCAGAUUCAGCCAGAGACAGAAAAACCAGAUUCAGCCAGAUUCCUGGCAAAAGCCGCACUGAUAGUGAUAUAGCAUUCACAGACUCCUCAAUAAAGGAAUCGUUUUAAGGUGACUACCAACAAAAGGUAAAAUGCAGCGCUUAGGGUUGCCUCUUCUAGUCCUCCUACUCUGCUGCUACCUCUCAGGAAACGAAGCCAACCGAGUCUACGUUCACCCUUUCUAUCUCUUUGCCGCUGAGAACGUCAGCUGUGAGACCCUGCAGACUCAGACUGCCAAGCCUCUGCUAACAGGUCCUGUGGCACCCCUUGAUAUUGAAGUCCUGACACCGGAUAGCAGGGAUCCAUUGAGUCAGGAUGGGCAGAGGCAAAACAUCACACAGAGAACAGCGGUUCUGGCAGGGCUGCUGAACUCUCUGGGCCUGAGGAUGUACCAGGCUUUCAGCAGCAAACAGCACAGAAACAUCCUCCUCUCUCCUGUCAACACCUUUGGAUCCCUUGUCACCUUCUACCUGGGGGCCUCCAAGAAGACGGCAGGCGAGUUCCAGGAGCUUCUUGGCCUGAGCAGUGGCACCGACCAAAAGGACUGUGUGUCCUUAAUGGACGGGCACAAGGUUUUGAAGACCCUGCAGAACAUAAACUCUCAGGUGGACGAUGGACCGAAAGAUGAAAUCACCACCCAGGUGUGGGCCUUCACUCGCCAGGAUGCUCAACUAUCCAAAGACUUUAUUCAGGGUACGCAGGACUUCUCAGACGCAUCAUUCAUCCGCAGUGUGGACUUCUCCAAACCCCAGGAGGCCGAGCAGCUGGUGAACAGCUUUGUGGAGAAGACGUCAGACGGGAAAGUGAGGAGCAUCUUCAGUGACAUAAACCCCAGCUCUGACCUUCUGUUCCUUACUUCCUUCCACUUCCAAGGCAAUUGGACGAAAGCCUUCCAGCCGGAGAAAACCUCCUUGCAGGAGUUCCAUAUGGAUGAAAGAACCAUAACAAUGGUUCCAAUGAUGACCCACACGGGUCAGUACCACUACCUGAAUGAUAAGGUGCGGCGAUGCACGGUUGUGAAGAUGCCUCUGAGCAAGUGGUCCUACAUGUUGCUAGUCCUGCCUCAUGAAGGGACCAAUAUCCUCGACUUAGAGCCUAAGCUGCGCACUGACGUCAUGUCUGACUGGCACCAGAGCCUCCAAGAAGGUCUGUUGGAGCUGUCACUGCCAAACUUCUCCAUGUCCUCUGACACCAAUCUGCGUACCCUAUUGGCCAACAUGGCUCCAGAAGUAGAGGCUAAACUGUUGGGCUCCCAAGCUGAGUUCAGCCAACUCAGCAACUCUAAACACUUCACUAUAGAUAAGGCGGUCAGCAAGGUGUUGUUUGAGAUGUCAGCAGAAGAAGUGGGGCCUCAUGAAGGGGCAGAGCUUCAGGACAAGGUCCAGGAGGAAGGUAUCCCUCUGAAGCUGUCCAUCAACCGGCCGUUCUUAUUCUCUGUCAUAGAAGGAAAUUCUAACGCCAUCCUCAUACUGGGCAAAAUCACCACAUUAUAAUAGUAGCAUAGUACUUAAAACCAACAAAAACCUCUGACAUGAAAAUUUCUUUCCUAUGUAUUUCAUCCCCUGCAGCUUAAGUUCCUGUAGUGGCUGAUAUCAAUCAUUCCUUUUGAUCCUAUCCUUGUUUUUUUAACUGAAUUAAAGGUCACAUACAGUAGCUAUAUGAGGAAUGAAGCACAACCUCGUUCAAGAAGGAUACACUACAGUGUUAUUGUCUUUUACCACUUAGCUUAUCUCAAAAACUGUUGGUAGUCAUCGGGGAAUCCUUUUUCAGUAUUUAUAAACCUGUUACUUUAAGCUGAGUUGUUUUCAAAGAGCCGAUUAAAAUACUAAUUUGUUUCUUUUUUCUGUACAAAUAUUAUAGCAGAGUUCUGUACAGUAUUUUUCAUUAGGGUAGGUACAGUAACUAUGAUUCUCUAUGCUGAAUGAUUAAUACAUUGUAUUUUGUAACUAAGAGUUUAUUUUUGUUUUGUUACAAUUUGUGAUUCCUGAAAUAAUAAUAAUAAAAAAGAUUCCUCAAUGUG